AUGACGCGAAGUGAUCUGAACUUUGAAAUGUUUUACAAUGUCGUUGAUGGUGAGUGUCGCGCCUCCGACAAAACCACAUUCAGCGUUGAUCCUUCAACGGAAUCCAAGCUAUGGGACGUGCCUGUGGCCUCCGCGCAAGACGUGAAAGACGCCGUCCGCUCUGCAAAUAAAGCCUUCAAGACCUGGUCUGCCACUUCUUUUGAUGAAAGAUUGAGCAAGCUAUCCCAAUGGAAGGAGAUCUACAGGCCAUCCAUUGAAAACUUCACCAAGUUGCUCAUGGCAGAGUGCGGAAAGCCGCGUGCUGUGGCGUCCGGCGAGGCAAACGAGAUAUUGGCUCUAUUUGACCACAAUCUGCAGCUUCGCAUGCCGGAAGAGCGAAUUGAGGACGAGACCCGCAUCCAGACUACCCGCCAUGUUCCUGUCGGAGUCGUCGCUGCUAUUUGCCCAUGGAACUUUCCUCUCGUGCUGUCUGUCGGAAAGAUCUUACCUGCCUUGUUGACCGGAUGUACUAUCAUCGUCAAGCCAUCUCCCUUUACGCCUUACUCGGCACUCAAGAUGGUUGAGCAGGCACAGCAGAUCUUCCCUCCCGGUGUCGUGCAGGUUAUUGGGGGUGAUGACUCUAUUGGUCCGGCGCUGGUCAACCACCCCAAUGUCAACAAGAUCACCUUCACGGGUUCCAGUGCCACUGGAAAAAGAAUUAUGGCUUCGGCAGCUGGGACAUUGAAGCGUGUGACUCUGGAAUUGGGAGGCAAUGACCCGGCCAUCAUUUAUCCCGAUGUGGAUAUUGGGAAGACAGCCCCGGAAGUUGUCCAAGGCUGCUUCGUCUUCUCCGGGCAAGUGUGUGUCGCCACGAAGAGAGUUUAUGUGCACGAGACCAUUUAUGAUCAAUUCCUGGAGGCCAUGGUGGAUGCAGCUUCUCGGAUGAUAGUUGGCCAGGCAGGAAAUCCUAGUACGACGAUAGGUCCUAUGCAAAACAAAAUGCAGUAUGAGAAGGUCAAGGAAUUAGUUGCCGACAGCGAAGCCCAAGGCUACAAGUUUGCUCUUCCGCCGCAACCCAUCGUGUCUGGCAAGGGAUUCUACCUCUCACCCAGUAUCGUCGACGACCCACCUUCUAACUCUCGAAUCGUUCUUGAGGAACAGUUUGGCCCAAUUGUGCCAGUUCUCAAGUGGACUGAUGAGGCGGAUGUCAUUGCUUGUGCGAACGGAACUAACUCCGGACUUGGAGCGUCCGUAUGGAGUACUGAUGUUGCUCGGGCGGAGCGAGUUGGCCGGUUGAUGCAGGCCGGGAGCGUAUUUGUGAAUUCGUGGGCGAAAACCACGCCACGGGCGAUGCUGUCGGGACACAAGGAGAGCGGAAUUGGGGGCGAAUGGGGUUCUACCGGAUUCCUUGAGUACUGUAACACUCAAGUCGUGCAUGUCUUCAAAUGA